AUGGGUGGUUUAUUAUGGGUGGGCGCGGAGGUUCGACCGGACCCCGGAAUGCCAAUGGGAGGUAACGACCCUGGUAUCUCCCCAACGAGGGACCCUCUUAAGGAGACGACCGGACCAGGGCAGGCUAGUCCACCGUCCGGGGACCUGGAGGACGUGGCGAAGGAGGCCGCGGAGGUCCCACAGGAGUGGGAAGGGGAGCACGGAUGGAGUCCGACCCCCGGUAUCGAAGAGCAGGAACCGAUAGAGGUGGAACUCCAGCCCCAGAGGAAGAGGAGGGGAAAGGUGGACCCCGACCCUGGGACGAGGGACUCAUCGAAGGAGGACGUCAGGAAGGCCAACCUCGGCGGCGGCGUCCAGGCACAGGACCUGUGGUCACACAGGAUACUGGAGCUGGACGCCGCGCUGAGGAUGGCCACCGAGCCGCAUUGGGUGCCGAGGAACAGCGCAAGCUGGUUCGGCAGCCCAGACGGCUUGGUCGCUGUGGUGGCAAACCCCGGUGCGAGGACCCCUCCCUGUGAACUAAGGGAAAGGGGGUCCUCGUUUGUGGCGAUUGACUACGGGCCCAUCACAGUGAUGGGAGUUUAUCUCCACCACCACAAAAAUAUAGUCGGUCUCGGAUCGUCGCCUCGUCCUCCCCGGCAGAGGGAUCCUCGGGGCGAGGCGGUGAUCGACUGGGCAGUGGGGUUGGACCUCCUGUUAAUGAACAGGGAGUCAGCCAGCACUUGCGUGCAGCCUGAGGGAGAGUCGGUCAUUGACCUGACCUGGGCUUUUCCUUCGGCCGCCUGGUUAUUCCAGGAGUGGAAGGUGGAGGUGUAG